AUGCCAGUCCUUCGAUCCGCAGCGUCGGAUUCUGGCACUUCUUCACCUCUAGGCCGUUCUGGUAGCCCUGCAAGCGGUCUUCGUUCCGACUCGCCACCAACCUUCGAUAAUAUAAUUGGGGAGAAUUCGCUCACGCUGAAAAAUUUACCAUCUCGACUCGGCACUCCGAGUAACACAACGAACAGGGACAGUAGCAGAGAUCGAGUUUCAAUCGUAGGGUUUGGAUCGGGGAGCACUAGUGAAAGAUCAAGAAACAAAGGAAAAAGCCGCAUUGGCAUUGUCGUUGGGUCGAUGUAUAUGUGUGCGGGACGGUGGAAUGAUGCAUUACGCGAGCUGGUCGAAAGUGCCGCCAUCGCAAAAGCAAAUCUUGAUCAUCUGUGGCAUGCAAAGGCUCUUGAUAAUAUUCUUGUCAGUAUGCUCAUGCUUGCCUGGACUGGGCUGGACUUUCAAGUUCCGCCAAUUUGUUAUGUUUCCGCAGAAAAAGCACCGUCCUUAACUACUGUUUUGGAGCCAAGGAGUCCGGCAAGCAACCGUCUAGUUUCGUUACAAAACUUGGCAGUUCUGCUUCCAGAACUAUUGGAUAGAAUUCUAAAUCUCUAUACCCGUGCCGCGAAUAAUAAUGGGGAGGCUAUGCCACAAUACCCAUUUUCCGAAACUGUCAUUCGUUAUGCAAAACUUUCUUCCGCUAUACAUACAGGUGGUGGCCACAUAACUGAUGAAGUUUUACAAUUAAUCGUGCUCGGAACUCCUUUUCAAAAAGCUCCGAAUCUCGCGACGCCUCGUUUGAACAUACAGCCUACUCGUGGAGAAAUUCUGAAAACUAUCCUAAGAGCAUUUCCUGUAUAUUCAUCCUCUGAAAAUAUUGUAGUCGUGGACCGCAUAAUAAUACUGAGUGGCAUAGCUUCAGUUCUUGGAUCAAUGGGAUACCAUAGAAAAAAGGCCAUGGUAAUUCGUGAAUUGGUAUCAGUAUUGGUUCCAGCCCUUGUUCAAGCUCGCCUUAGAGGAGCAGCCGAGAUGGGAGUUCAUCCAGCAGCAGGAUUAGCAGCUCUGAGUGCGAAUGGGAACACUAACGGUGCUGGAGCUCUGGAACUUGGUGAAGGUGAUAUGGAGAAUGGCGUAGACUCAUUCCUCGCAUUAUUAGGUCAAACGUAUGGAGUGGUAGCUUCUAGAGAUAUCACGGAAGACAUAUUUGAUGAUUCAGAUGAAGCUACCAUUCUGAGGAUACUUGAUAAUGCUUCUAUCCGCUCUUUCGGAAGUCAAGCCCUGAAAAUGGAGAUUUUAAGAUCAUGUAUCAAUCUUUCUGAAGCACUGCCGGACUUUCAAGGCGUCUUAAAGUUUACUGCGGAUUUAUUAAGAACUGCUGGCAGUGGUGUAGCUCCGGGACCACGGAGUGAGGAUGCAUCACCCAAUAUGAGUCGCGAGGAACAGAUUCGACUGAUGACUAACAUUACUCGGACGCUUGGAGCUGCGAGGAAUUUAGGAGUCAAUGAGCUUACAGCAGAAUAUUGGGAUGAAUUUCUGGUUCGGGGAGUUGAGCUUGAACCUCUACCUCAGUCGAGAACCCCGAUUCCUCACACUCGUGGAGAACUCCCUGAUGGCGUUACCAUUGCUACCGCCAGGGAGAUAAAUCCUUUUAUAUACAAUCCUUUCUUACGCCCACUAAAUGCUUCUAUUGUUGAUCACAUCAUGGUUGCUGGUGAGAGAGCUGUCUUUAAGGUUACUUUGCAGAAUCCGUAUGAGUUCGACGUGGAAAUAGAAAGUAUCAAGCUCGAUUCUGAUGGUGCGGGCUUUGAAUCUGCCGCGCAGAAGACAGUUAUUGGCCCUUAUCGAACACAGAUUCUCACUAUACUAGGGACACCCAAAGACCCGGGGUCCUUGAAAAUUACUGGUUGCAUUGUUAAAGUAAGGGGAUGCCGAGAACGGCGGUUCCCUAUAUUUCCGGAUUCAUGGUCACCACAAGGUGAAAUUAAAAUCAAGUCUAUUGGAGUAGCAAAGAUAUUCGGUCAGAAGACUCGUCCUACAAGCUUUGGCUCAACGUCAUCAAAUGCAGUACCUUGGGGUGUCAUACCUCCUCUACCAACCACUGUAGGCUUGAAUGUCAUAGACAAACAACCUAUAGUUGCAAUAAAAUCUACCAAUCUUUCACAAUCUGCGUUGAUGGUAUUAGAAGGAGAACGCCAAAGUUUCUCUAUCACACUAGAGAACCUUUCAAACGAGACACCCGUAGACUUACUUCUUUUCUCCUUUAAGGAUUCAACUCAGGCGCCGCUGCAAACAGCCAUGAGUAAUCGGGAAGCAUCACCAGCAGAGCUGUACGAAUACGAAUUAAUUUUGGCACGGAAACAAGCACUUCGAUACAUACCAAAGCCUGAUGAGAAGCCUUAUAUUGAACCUGGUGGAACAGCUACUUUUGAGAUGGAAAUAUUGGGAAAGCCUGGUCUUACAAGUGCUACUAUUCUGGUUGACUAUGCUCAUCUAGGCGUUCCUCAAUUAGAGGUAGAAAAUGGGUUUCAUACUCGUCAAGUAAGUGUACCGCUUACAAUCACUGUAAAUGCCAGCAUAGAGCUCGCUCGAAUGGAUGUUAUGCCAUUUACCGGAAGCUUGCCUGUAUCUUUGUGGUCCAAAAUCGAUGGCACUGUCGCAACGAAAGAUUUCACACCCCAAGAUCAUUGUUUACUAAUUCUUGAUCUUCGAAAUGCGUGGCCGAGCAGUAUCCAUGUCUCGAUAGAUAUUGAGAAAGGAGGUAAAAUCGAAGAGGAAGUAUUCCCAGGAAAUACUUCUCGCAUAAUGUUCCCUAUUCCUAGGAUAUAUCUAGAAAACCCAACAGCCUCCAUCCCAGCUCUUGAUCCCUUACGACAACGACAAUUUGUUGUAAGUGCAGGCCGAAUAUCGGCAGAUUCAGAACGAGCUACUCGAGAAUCGUUCUGGUACCGUGAAGAAAUCCUGAAAAUUCUUCAAGGAACCUGGGAGACACGCUCUGGUGUUCAUCGUAAAGGCAAUAUAGAAUUACGCGGUCUCCGUUUAAGUCAACGUGUCAUCGACGUUAUCAGAAUUGAGGAUGUUUCAAUUGAUAUCUCCGUCAAUGAUAAACCAGGUCCUAAAUACGACAUCCACACCGAUACAUUUUCUUCAAUCACAGUUCGCAUUAGCAAUCGAUCUUCCAAACCUAUUCAUCCUCUUCUUCGUCUCCAGCCAUCCAUUCGUAACCAUUCACUCACUCAAACUCUCGAUCUAUCCAAGAAAUUCGUUUGGAAUGGUGUGCUGCAACAAACCCUCCCACAAAUUCCUGGAAAUGAACAAAUCGAAGUUCAUCUCGGUAUGACACCACUUUGUAGAGGAGAAUUCGAACUUAGUGCCUCGAUUGAAGAAGUGAGAUUGGUUGAGCCGGUGAAAGAGGAAUUGUCUAUUAAAGAGGGUGCGAGGGUUAGAGCUGAUACGAAAAAUUUGAUGGAUACCAUGUUAGGGGCGAAGGAGAGAAGGAUUUGGCAUUCUAGAGAACCUUGCUUGUUGGUUGUGACGGAUGAGGAGGAUGAUAGUGAUGAGGGUGAGGAUGAGGAUGGAGACGAAGAUGGAGAUGAACAUGAAGAUGGAGUUGUGGAUAAAGCGGAAGAAGAUAUAACAGAUGACUAG